AUGUCGGAUCUCAAGGACGACAGUAAACGAUCCCCCAUCAAGCGAGCCUUUGGAUGCCUUGUCCGCUCACCUAAGUCGUCAACCCCACACAAUGGCACUGCCUGUACACAAGAAAAUCUUGACGGUUCAGACACCAGAAUGGAGAAUGAAUAUUUCAGCGAUUCCCAGUCGCGUGAGAAUCUGAGCACCAACCCCGGUGAUGCUGGGAAACAUCUUUUGGAACGGUCUGAAUGCACGAGGCAAAACCAUGUUGCAGAGAUCGAACGAAGAGUCUGGGGCCACAGUGAGAUGAGGGAUUGGGGUUACACAGUCGAUGACCCUUUGCAUGUGCGAUCCUAUGGGCAUAAGGCUCUUGAAAAAUGA